AUGGCUGAGCAGGGAGCCCCUUCGGGCGACCUUGAACGCGGCGCGCAGCAAGCCCAGCCCUCGAGCUCGGAGCGACGUGACUCGCGGCGCGUUUCCCGAGUCUCCUACAAAGAGGACUACAGUAACCUCGACGAGUAUGGGAAGCUGGUUAAGUAUGCCUCUACCUAUCGCGAGGGAAGAGGCGAUGAAGCCCAGGGCGAAGAGGAGAUGAAGCGUGUGUGGUAUGCGCCAUGGAAGAAGCGCAAGGUGUUCGUCAAACACGUCGAUCAGCAGCAGGGUUUCCCUGAGGACUGGCUUCUCACAGAUAUUCGCCGGGGCUUGAACAGCAGCGAGGUGCCCGACAGACGGCGUCGCUCAGGUUGGAACGAGCUGCAGUCCGAGAAGGAGAACCCGAUUGCCAAGAUCCUAUCUUACUUCAGGGGCCCUAUUCUUUAUGUGAUGGAACUGGCUGUACUUCUGGCUGCUGGUCUCGAUGACUGGAUUGACUUCGGUGUUAUCAUCGGUAUCCUCUGCUUGAACGCCGCCGUGGGUUGGUACCAAGAAAAGCAAGCCGCGGACGUGGUCGCGAGUUUGAAAGGUGAUAUCGCCAUGCGAGCCACGGUUAUUCGUGAUGGGCAGCAACAGGAAAUUCUUGCUCGAGAGCUUGUUCCUGGCGACGUGAUUAUUGUUUCCGAAGGUCAUGUCGUCCCUGGUGAUGCUAAGGUCAUUUGCGACUUCAAUGAUCCAGCUGGAUUCGAAGAAUACAAGAGAAUGCUGGAGCAAGGCGAUCUCAGCAGUACAUCCGAGUCUGACCUCGAGGACAACGAGCCCGAAAAGACUGAAAAGCAAGCCGAAGGCGAGGCCGCAAGCCCCGAAGAGGGAAAGCAACCGUCAAGGCCCAAGCGCGGGUACCCCAUUCUGGCCUGCGAUCACUCCGCCAUCACCGGAGAGUCCUUGGCUGUGGAUCGUUAUAUGGGCGGCAUGAUCUAUUACACGACCGGCUGCAAGCGUGGAAAGGCCUAUGCUGUGGUGCAAACUGGCGCGAAAAACUCCUUUGUCGGAAAGACAGCCAGCAUGGUGCAGUCGGCCAAGGGCGCUGGCCACUUUGAGAUUGUCAUGGACAACAUUGGAACUUCGCUCCUGAUUCUUGUUAUGGCAUGGAUCUUGGCCGCUUGGAUCGGUGGUUUCUUCCGCCACAUCCCUAUCGCCUCGCCUGGUCAACAGACGCUUCUUCACUACACUCUUGCUCUGCUCAUUAUUGGUGUGCCGGUCGGUCUGCCUGUUGUCACCACCACGACCAUGGCAGUCGGUGCAGCGUAUCUGGCAAAGAAAAAGGCAAUUGUGCAGAAACUUACAGCAAUCGAAUCACUAGCGGGCGUUGAUAUCCUGUGCUCAGAUAAAACGGGUACAUUGACAGCCAAUAAGCUCAGCAUUCGUGAGCCGUAUGUGGCCGAAGGUGUGGAUGUGGACUGGAUGUUUGCCGUGGCGGUCCUGGCAUCAUCCCACAACAUCGAAUCCCUUGACCCAAUCGAUAAGGUGACCAUUCUUACGCUCCGCCAGUACCCCAAGGCCAGAGAGAUCUUGCGCCGCGGCUGGAAGACUGAGAAAUUCACGCCCUUUGAUCCAGUUUCCAAGCGCAUUGUAACCAUUGCGAGCUGCGACGGGAUUCGGUAUACUUGCACCAAGGGCGCACCCAAGGCGGUGCUUCAAUUGACCAACUGCUCCAAGGAGACCGCUGACCACUACAAAGCCAAAGCGCAGGAAUUUGCUCAUCGUGGCUUCCGCUCGCUCGGUGUCGCCGUGCAAAGAGAAGGUGAAGAUUGGACUCUCCUAGGCAUGCUUCCUAUGUUCGAUCCGCCCCGAGAAGACACAGCUCAGACGAUUACCGAAGCUCAGAACUUAGGCAUCAGUGUCAAGAUGCUCACUGGUGACGCGAUUGCCAUCGCAAAAGAGACUUGCAAGAUGCUGGCCCUCGGCACCAAGGUGUAUAACUCGGACAAGUUGAUUCACGGCGGCCUCAGCGGAGCAAUGGCCGGAGAUCUAGUUGAGAAAGCCGACGGCUUUGCCGAAGUUUUUCCCGAGCAUAAAUACCAAGUGGUGCAGAUGCUCCAAGAUCGAGGCCACCUAACGGCGAUGACAGGCGAUGGUGUCAACGACGCGCCCUCUUUGAAAAAGGCUGAUUGUGGUAUUGCUGUGGAAGGCGCUUCCGAGGCGGCGCAAUCGGCCUCAGACAUUGUUUUCUUGGAGCCCGGCCUAUCUACCAUCAUUGACUCGAUCAAGGUAGCGCGGCAGAUCUUCCACCGCAUGAAGGCAUACAUCCAGUACCGUAUCGCGCUUUGCUUGCAUUUGGAGAUCUAUCUGGUCACAUCCAUGAUUAUUCUCAACGAGAGCAUCCGAGUCGAGCUGAUUGUUUUUCUGGCCUUGUUCGCCGAUCUGGCUACCGUGGCAGUGGCAUACGACAACGCAUCAUUCGACCUUCGGCCGGUGGAAUGGCAACUCCCGAAGAUCUGGUUCAUCUCGGUCCUGUUGGGCUUGCUCCUCGCCCUGGGAACCUGGGUGGUACGUGGUAGCAUGUUCUUGCCGUCUGGUGGGAUCAUCCAAAACUGGGGAUCCAUUCAAGAGGUCUUGUUCUUGGAAGUCGCCUUAACGGAGAACUGGCUGAUUUUCGUCACCCGCGGCAUGGACACCUGGCCGUCCAUCCAUCUGGUGACCGCCAUUCUCGGCGUGGACAUCUUGGCCACGAUCUUUUGUCUCUUCGGCUGGUUUAGUAACCAGGACAUGCCCACCAUACCGGCCGACCAGUUCGUGGAGACUAGCAAUGGCUGGACGGAUAUUGUGACGGUGGUGCGGGUCUGGGGCUACUCCCUGGGCGUCGAGAUCGUGAUCGCCUUGGUGUAUGUCAUGUUGAAUAAGUUCAAGUGGUUGGAUAACCUGGGACGUGCCAAGCGGGACAAGGGUGAUCUGAAGAUCGAGAAUCUGUUGGGCCAUCUGGCUCGGCUGACAGUAGAAUACGAGGAGCCCGGGAAGCCCAAGGGCCGCUUCUCUCUGGCGGCCAGCAAAGAAGAGGAGGAAUUGGAGUAA